AUGGUCGAGUCGCUGAGGACCAUUAAAGAGACCAAGUCCGUCAUGUGUUUAUCACCCCACGAGAAGCUCAGUACCCAGCGUAAUAAGCGCUCGCAGACUUCCUUACCAUCGGCAAUAGACGGAGAAUCAGACGUGAAGAAGAAGGUGCGACGGGAGGACGGGAACAAGGACAUUGACUGGGUCAACCACGACGAGAUGGACUUGACACUCAGUAUGGACGCCCUGGCUCACGACCACGACGGCACGGACUUUGGCUUCCAUCCAUCCUUCUUGCGAGGCAGUGGCCUGGACUUUGAAGACGUGGCCGAGAUGGCUUCGACCUUCGUUGAUCCGGUCUACAUCCGCUUGGAAUCAAGCAACAAUGCCAAGGACGCCGAGAAGCUCCUCAUGAGCUUUGACACGAUGAAUUUUACGAUUCCGUCGCCAACCAGCGCUUCAAGUAGGAAGCGUACGAGUCUUUUUGCCGCUGAGAAAGAUGCAGAAACACAGGAAAGAGAGGAGAUGGCAAGUUGUGCGUCGACAGCAGCUGCGAGUUCUAAGGCCGCUGCUGUUCCUUGCUCUACGACAGCCAGCUCGUUUGCUUCGAAAGAGCUUUGCAAGGAGCGAGAUCAAGUAUCUGCUGCAAGUACCUGCACAUCGUCGAUACCAGUAAGUUCGUCGGUAGACCCGGUACUCAGCGUGUUAAGCAUUGGAACGAGUGUCCCAUCGUCGAAAACGACCGGGAAGAAGAUUGGCUCGUACAGCCCAGCAGCACGGAAGCUGCGUCUUCAGAGGUUCCAUGAGAAGCGCAAGAAUCGCACGUGGAAGAAGAGCAUCAAGUACGACUGCCGGAAGAAGCUGGCAGAUGACCGUCCGCGGAUCAAGGGUCGGUUCGUGCGUGUGCUUGAGAACAGUAGCGACGCAAAGACCGAUAUGACACCAUCCUUGCCCCCUUCAGCAUCCGUUGGGUAUACAUUUCCAAUAUCUGCCACCAGUGGGGUGGCUAUACCACCGAUGGCUACACACAUAGUCAAGUCUCAUGUGACGACAUCGUGUAUAUCAACUUUGGCUUCAGCUGUCAAGCACGCUUCUGUGACCAAACCGGCGUCUGUAGCAGCACCGGUACCAAGUGCAGCAGCAGCAGCAGCUCUACCGUUUGCGCGCAUGAUUGCAAGUGUGUGA